GGCCUUCCCCGGGAGCCCUUCUGAGCCUGCCGGUCAUUCAGACGUUUUCAUAGGUUGGGUUUGUCGUCACUCUUGAGCAAUACCCAAACCUUCGCUACCUAACGUCAUCACUGUUUUUAAACCCGGAGAGCUAACCCAGACCAUCUCUGGAGAGCACGGAGCCCUUUUCCGUGAGAAUUCGAAAAAUAUUAAUGUGCAUGACUAAAGGAAGCCAGGUGGUCAAUGGGCCCUACGUCUACAGCGCUUCUUUUAUUCAACAAUAACAAGUUCUGUAUCAAUUGGUUUCCACAGUUUAUCUGUCCGCUUUGCAGGUGGCAGCGGAGAUGCGGCUUGUCUCCUCGCUUGCGAAGGAGCCAGCGUGUCACAGCAACUCCCAACACGUUCUAGAUGAGUACUUAUAAAUAUGAGGCUCUUCGUCUCAUAUUUAUAAGGAGAUUUAUAUCCUGACAGGCUGAGAAAUGAAGGGCUUCACUUUACUAGCCUGCCUGUUCUCUUUCCAACUGCCUUUUGUUUUUCCUGCAAGAAACCUUUCUCUCCAGUGCAUGCAAGAUACUGAGGAAUUCCUUUCUGAUCUGAAUUCCGUGACGCCCAAAGACUACGCCCUCAGAAUGUAUGACUCGGUGGGGAAGCUUGGAAGCAAUGUUCUUAAUGGGAACGUGGACAGGCUGGGGUCCUACAGUGAAUGUGCUUCAACCCAGAACCCCAAGGGGACCUUCCGGGGCCAGUACUGCAAGCUUCAUAUGCUGCAGGACGGAGCUGACUACAGCGUGGGCGUGUGCGUCCCUGACUCUUGCGCCGAAGAGGAGGUGACCGUGAUGGCUCAGCUGGACACUUUAAAAUUCAGAAACACUUCGUUCUUGGCUCCGCCCCUGUCCCUCUUCACUAGACAUCCUUCCUCCUCACCUAGCGGGGGCGUGGCCAGAUGCUCUGCUGGGCUGUUCCCCCUGAACACACUUGCUGCUGCUGUAUGUCUGUUCGUCAGCUUGCUGGGCCUCGCUCUCCCUGUGGCUGGGACUGUGUACACCGCGGCCAGGUGUUGGGGCCCGGGACUCAGGCACUAUCCUGCCCGUGGGGCACCUUCCAGUCGUGGGAGUUUGCCUUGGAGCAGCUCAGAGAGCCUUGAGCAAGGAAGCAGGACCCCACGGCCAGCGUGCCCAGCUCAUUUCUCCCCGCCAGGACCCCCACGCAGAGGAGAAAGGUUUCUAGGAGCCGUGGACCACGCUCUCCAGUGCUUUUCCUGGCAGAAGAAUGUGCCAGCCCUCUGGACCACAAAGCUAAGGGGAGACAUCUGCCCUGCAUUGAACGGCAUCCGGGUCCUGAGCCUCCUCUGGAUCGUCUCGGGACACACCAGCCAGAUGACCGCGUGGCUGUCCCUGGACAAUGCACUUGAAUGGAGAGCCAGAGUGCCCUACAACCCUCUCUACCUCUACUCCCGGAGCGGCCCCUUCUAUCUCGGAGUGGACACAUUUUUCCUGAUCAGUGGUUGGUUGGGUGCAAGGUCGUUUCUAAAGAUGUGCCAGAACCAGGACCAAGAAAUGACCCCUACAGUCAUACUCAGAUAUUUUCUCAAUCGUCUUAUAAGGUUGCAGCCUCUCCACCUGUACUCUGUGUGCUUGCUGGUUGGCAUGUUCUCUCUUGUGCCCUGGGGACCAGUUUGGGAAGUGCCCAGAAUCCACUACGACAACUGCCUGCGAGCCUGGUGGACGAACGUGCUGCUGCUGAACAACUUCGUGUCUGUUCGCCACGCGUGCAAUGGCUGGACUUGGUAUCUUGCUGCCGACUUCCAGUUUCAUCUGAUGACACCGUUGAUCAUCUUCAUCCAUGGAAAAAGUCCACAUCUCCUGGCUUUCCUCGGGGUCGUGCUAUUCUUGGCAUCUUUUGCUGCUACUGCUCUGCUCACACUGGCCUAUCAACUUCCCGUGGCAUCUCCAGCAGCAGCCAGUGAAAACAGCACACUGUUGUAUUUCUUGGAGUAUUACACCAAGCCCUACUGCCGAUGUGGACCAUUCCUCGUGGGCCUUUUUCUGAGCAUUUUCAUGCACCAGAAUCGCCAGGGAAACAUUCUCAAGACCAAGGCUCAGGCCCGGCUGGGCUGGAUGUGCUCCCUGCUGACCCUGUUUGUGGUUGUCGCCUUGGCGUACACUGUGGAUGACACCUCUGCCACCUCGUCUGUGGCCACUGCCAUCUACCAGGCCCUGCACCGGACCCUGUGGGCGGCCGGCGUGGGUUGGGUCAUCUUCGCCUGCCAGGAAGGCUAUGGAGGCCCCGUGAACCGCGUGCUUUCUUGUGAGGUCUGGAGUCUUCCGGCUAGGAUCAGUUAUGCUUGCUACCUGGUGCACCCUAUGGUGAUCAUCCUCUAUAACGGACUGCAGGAGACCCUCAUCCACUACACUGACAUCAACAUGUUCUACCUGUUCUCCGGACACUGUGUGCUGACCUUCCUCUCCGGGCUGGUCCUGACACUGUCCAUCGAGCGGCCAUGGCUGGAGCUGAAGCAGAGUCUAUGGGGACCGGUGCCUGCUGGGCCAUGAGCUUGCCAAGCACGACAUGAAAGAAAAGAACCGCCAGUCCUUCCAUGGUGACAAGCAAAGGCCAGGCCACUUCCAAUAGGCAACUAACUAACACUGCGCCCCUCAAAAGGGGUGUAGGUCUGAUUUUGUGAAUGUUUCACACAUGCCAAUUCCCUGUGUGAACUAUAAAACCAAAAGAAUUCUGUGAUAAUUUUUAUAGUCAUACCGUCAUCACCUUCUGUUGAGUCAUUUCAUUUAAAAAAGUCUGUAUUUUGAGGGGCAUGGGUGAGUGGGCCUUGACUCGGAUUUGAUCUAUAUCAGUGGUCAGAUUGCUUAUGUGUAAAGUGGAGGCCAUGCCUAGACUCCCAGAGCAUGCAAAGCCAUGUAGCCCUCCUACACGACCGUAACCUUGCUUGAUUUGCAGACAUAAGCAAGACGUAACUGCAGCUGUUUCUUGUAAAUACUCGCAUUAAAGACAAACAGAAUCUAAGCUCAAGCAAUCAGAAGCAGCCAAUGAGCUUAUGUAACCGCGUAAGGGACUUGCCAAUGCAGUGACCAGAGAAGCAGCUGUAGGAUUGUCACCACUCAGGACGCUGUGGCGUACUUCAGUGCCUCUCCCUGGGGUCCCCGUACUGGAGCUCCUGGACCACACUGGAUUUGGCACUGCACAGUAAUAAUGGAUGUUCGCUUGAAUACGCUCUAAAAUUUUAUUGUCCCCCAGUUCACUGUUUUCAGAAAUAGGAAAUGCGGGGCUGGAGAGAUGGCUUAGUGGUCAAGGCGGGAAAUGACCUAAUGUUGUAACUGUGUCUAUUUUUUUUUUUUUUUUUUUUACUAUUUAAUUUGGGUUUUGAACUCUUUUUAUAACCUGUUAUUCUGUAACCCCUGAUAUUCCCAGUGAAGUCACCACAUAUAGCUCCAUGCAACACAGCUGUUCAUGUGCUCUUAAGGUAUGUUCUUAGGGCUGGAGAAAUGGCUCAGCGGUUAAGCGCUUGCCUGUGAAGCCUAAGGACCCUGGUUCGAGGCUUAAUUCCCCAGGACCCACGUUAGCCAGAUGCACA